CUGACACCAAGUAGGUUUAUGUUUGAGAUGUCUAUGAAUACUGAACAGAAGUUGGCCAACACCCAUGUCAUGAAAAUACCUCGUAAAACAGAAUUGUUGGAUAUGGGAGAUACUUCAUUACAGAAGUUUUCACAGAUCAAUAUUGAUGAACCAAUGUUUCAACCAUAUCCUUCUGAGAUAUAUUUUCAAAACUAUGAUCCUCAUCAAGUAUAUGAAGUACCAUUGACUCUGAGGAACAAUGAUAAGGUUCCAAGAUUAGUAAAAGUUAGUUGUGAAAACUCUCCAUAUUUUAAAAUCAUCAGCCCACAUGAUGUUGGUAAUAAAGUUGGCCCGGGUCUACCAACAAUAUUCAAAAUACAGUUUACACCCCACGAGAAAAAGGAUUAUCGCCAUGAAUUAAUAUGUACAACAGAAAGAGAGAAGUUUGUGGUACCAGUUAAUGCAAUUGGAGCACGGGCUAUUUUAGACUUUCCUGAUAAAAUACACUUUCCUGUUAGUCCAGUAAAAUAUACCAAUACUAGAACAUUACUGAUCAGAAAUAUUGGAAAUCUAGAGGCUAAAUUCAACAUUCAUGCUGAAGGAGUAUUUAGUGUGACACCUGAUAUUGGGGUACUAGGUGUUAAUGAAAGUAUGCAAGUUGUGGUAGAAUUUACACCUAAUAAAAUUGGUGACCAUAAUUCAGAACUAAUACUACAUUUAGAUACAGGUGAAGAUAUCUAUAUAGUAUUAUAUGGUGCAGCACAAGAUAGUAAUGUGAGACUUGAUAAAAAUUCUAUAAAGAUAGAGAAUACCUAUAUAUCAAUGGCUAAUCAGAGAACUAUAACUAUCAACAAUAGAUCCAGUGUCAUAGCACAUUUUAAAUGGACACAAUUUGCUACUCAAGAAGAAGAGGAUCAAGAGAAACUACUACAACAGAUAGAUUUAGAGAGAGCAGAAAGAAGAGAUAAAGAUAGAUUUUUAGAUGAUUGUAUAUUAGAUCCUACAUUACGUGAUAAAUUAUCUAUAUUAGAAAGAUCAUUUCUUAAUAGAAAAAGGAUUGUUGCCGGUGAUAAUAUGAUGUUUGAUGAUGAUGUUGUUAAGAUAGAACCAGUAGAAGGAGAGAUCUGGCCACAUUCAUCAUAUGAAGUUAAUGUGGUAUUUAAACCAAAUGAAGCUAAGAGCUAUACAAGAACAGCUUAUUGUGAUAUAACAGGACGUGAAAGCCGUCUGCCGUUACGUAUCAAAGGUGAUGGAAUGGGACCACAAUUAGAAUUCUCUAUAGAAACAUUAGAUAUGGGCAAUAUCUUUAUAGGAUCUGUCCACUCUUAUGAAAUAGUGUUAGCUAAUCAUGGUGAUAUUGAUGCUAUUUAUAGCGUUUUACCCAAUGCCUCACUGUUUGGACCGUGUUUUCAAUUUGAUCCAUCAGAAGGUAUUGUCAUGCCAUCUGGACAUCAAGCUAUACGAGUCACAUUCUGUAGUCAACAUUUAGGAGAUUUUUCAGAAGAGUUUUGUUUCCAAAUUGAUGGAUCUCCAGAGCAGUUGAAAGUCAAAUUCAGUGGAUCAGUCAUAGGACCAACAUUUCAGUUUAAUGUACCCAAAUUAAAGUUUGGAACUGUUUCUUAUGGCUUUCUACAUCAAGUUACAUGUAAUAUGUUAAACACAGCUCUGGUACCAUUGACUUAUCAUCUUCGAGUGCCAGGAGACGGUAGUGUAGAAAGUAUUAGCAGUACUAUAGAUUCUGAUGCAACUGAUAGCAAUCGUAGUGAGUUUGGAUCAUUAACUUCAGAACCACCCAAAGAAUUCCAUAUAAUACCAGCCGAUGGUACCAUACCACCACAGAGUGAGAUUAAGAUUACUAUUAAUUUGAUAUCUAAUACCAUUAAGAAGUAUGAUAUGAAGAUGGUUGUGGAUGUUGAAGGAGUAGGAAAUGAAAUAUUAUCUCUACCUAUCUCGGCUAAAUGUGUUGUACCACAGAUAGCUGUAUUGACACCAGUCUUAGAUUAUGGAAGAUGUUUUUUGCGUCACCCGUUUGAAUAUCUUGCUAAACUACAUAAUGAUAAUGAUUUACCAGCAAAAUAUGAAGUUUUACCACAAUCUGAAAUUGGUAUUGAUGAUGCUUCUAUAACUUACAGUAGUAGUAUACCAAGGGGUAUUAUAGCACCAAGGAGUGUCUGUAGUGUACCUAUUAUAAUAGCUCCACAAAGUUUAGAAGAACAGGAUGUUACUUGUUAUAUUAAUAUAUUUGGUAGUACAGAAUUGCCUUUGCCCAUACAUUUGACCUGUAUUGGUGAGGGUCCAGUAGUACAUGUUCAACCAGAUAUAGUAGACUGGGGUUUAAUACCAGUUUUAACACCAACUGAUAGAUAUGUUAUGUUAACUAAUGAAUCCUUAAUACCAGCUAAAUUUGAAGCCUACAUGAUGAAACCAAAAUCUGUAUUUUAUGUGGAGCCAAAAGAAGGAGUAAUACCACCGGAAUCUCAAUUUAAAGUUAAAAUAUCAGCAUAUCUGGAUGACUGUGUUAAGUUUCAAGAUAAAUUACAAAUACAUUUUGAAGAAAGUCGAACACAACAAAUUACAUUGAUGGCUUAUGGUCAGGGAACAACAAUAGAGUCGGAUCCACCAUUAUCAAACUUCUUAGAUCUAGGUCCCAAUUUCAGCAAUCGUCCACUCAACAUGAAAUUCAAACUGACCAAUAGUGGCAGACGACAUCAACAGUUAGUUUGGAGUACAGAAGGGUUUGGUCCUAUCAGUAAAGCAAGGAGAGAAAUGGCAGCUUAUAAUCCAUUAGAUAUGAAAUUCAAGGACCGUCCACCACCAGUAGAACCAGCAAGAGCUAUAUUUAGAUUAACACCGAGUCGUAUGGAUUUAGCACCCGGUGAAUGUAUACAAAUGAAUCUGGAAGGUUUUGUGUCUGAACCGAAGCCAGUAGAAGAGAGAUUACUAUGUCAUGCUAUAUUGGGAAGACAAGGUGGUAAAGAACUGAUCAUGAAAGUUGAUAUACAAGCUGACUUUAUCAGUCCCUUGUUAGAUUUCUCUACUAAAAGUGUCUUCUUCAGAGUUGAUAAGUUACCAGAAGAUGAGUUAAAGGUCCAAUGUAAAGAAUUGAUAAUCAGCAAUGUGUCGACUCUACCAUUGUCCACAGAACUAACGUUACAAUAUCCAUUCUCUAUAUUAGCAGAUGAUGGUACUUCAGUUCUAAACACGGUAGGAGAAGUUCAUCUACCAGUUGGAGAACAAUAUUUCUUAAUGAUCCAAUUUGAUCCUGCUUAUAAAGAUGAUCAGCAUAUUAGAACUAUAGAUGAAGUUUUACAUAUAGCUUACAAACAACAUCCUCAUAAGGAUUACAUUGCCUUACGUGGUGAAGUCUAUUUCCCUAAUAUUGAGUUUGAAAAAUCCAACAUCGACUUUGGUUGUAUAUUAAAUGAUACAGAGGUCACUCGGUAUGUAAACUUAACUAACAAUAGUCCUAUGGAAGUCAAAUAUAGAUGGUCAUUUUUGAUUGAAAAUCAACCUCUGAUUCGACAUCAUCCUAAACGUAGUCAGCCAUUGACUAUAGAGGAAGUUGACGAAGUUCAGGAAGAAUCACAAGAAGAACCACAAGUUGAAGUUGUUGUACAAGAUGAUAAUGAAGAUUUGGCAGAGGAGGAGGUGAGACCAAAAACAGAGAGAGAAAAAGAUGAAACUCAAGAAGAAGUGGAAAGAUUAGAGAUUGGCAGUAGAAUGUCAAGAGAUGUAGAAUCAGCUUUAAAAUCUAAUAGAGCUUUGUCGGCUUUACUAGAACAACCAGAUGAUCUUACUCCUAUUAGUGUAGAAGAGAUAUUUGAUAUUUUACCACUAUACGGAACUCUUCAACCUGGAGAUACAGAACAGAUAACACUGACAUUUUAUGGCCAUGCUGAUAUCUGGGGUCAAGUCAAAGCACUCUGUGAAGUUGAAGGAGGACCAAACUAUGAAUUGACACUUACUGGAGAGGCAUCCUUAGUUGAAUAUAGUUUUGAUACAAAGGAUAUAGAUUUUGGAAAACUGAUGUAUGAUAAUGUAGGAAGUGCUGAGAUUACUUUGAUUAAUACUGGGAAAGUAGGAUUUAAUUUUACUGGAUUAAAUAUGGAUCCUAGCCUAGCCAAACAUCCAAAACCUGGUCAUCCUAUCAUGAUACCACAUACAGGCUAUAUAGAACCACUUUCAGAACAGAAAAUUGUGGUCAAGUUUCUACCAGGAGUUCCAGAAAAAUUCCACAAGAGUUUCCAGAUACAAGUAGCUCAUUUCGAGCCAGAUACCAUACAUGUGUAUGGUGAAGGAGUGUUUUCUAGGAUCUCACUGGAUUUACCAAGGAACACAGUUGAUGGUGGUUAUUAUGAAUCUAUGAUGAAAGAAGCUAAACAAAGAUUGAAUAGAGGAAAUGUCACAGAGGAAUCUGGAAGUAGUGAAACAGUACCAUCAGAAUUAGAAUUACAACUAGAAGUUGAAAGACUAGCUGUAAGAGAUCAUGCUAUAGAGAGUGCUGUAGCCUCUACCUACAGGUCCAUUGAUACCCCACCAAAUACUGCUGAUAGUAAACUUACUGAUAAAAAACAUAGGAAGACUAAAGUUAGGACCAAACUUCCAGAAUAUCUGUUAGACUUUGGUUAUGUUGUAUUAGGAACAGUCAAAACACAUGUUGUCAGUGCCACUAAUACUGGAUGGUUCCCUGUAUCAUUCCAAGUUGAAAGAGAGAAUCUCCAUAGUCUUGGCUUCCAUGUUGAAUUGGACAGAGUUAAAAAUCUACCAGGAGCUCCCGAUCAUGAAUUGGUUGACUUCAUGGUGAAAUUUGAUCCAAGAGGAGCUAAUCUACCAUUAGGACCUGUUGAAACAGUGGUUCCUAUCAAUAUUAUAAAUGGACCACAAGUAAAUAUCAGACUAAAAGCUAAUGUUACAAUGCCUGAUAUGCUGAUAUCAGAUGAUACCAUCAAUUUUGAUGAUGUGAAAUGUGGUGAAUGUAAAGUAGUUACUGUACAAUUACAUAAUUAUCAAAAUGUACGUUGUGAAUGGAGCUCUCUACCUUCUGGUAAAGAAUUAAAACAAGCUAACAAAAAGAUACCAAUGCAUCUAAGAAGGAAAAUGAAAAUGGAGAGAAAGAAAGCUCAACAUUUUGAAAUGAUGCCACCAUGUGGUUCCUUAAUGCCAGGACAAAGAAUGGAUGUUCAGGUCAAAUUUAUGCCAACAGAAGAGAAAUUUUAUGAACAUAGAAUACCAUUACGUAUUGUACAGAGUAGUCAGAGGAUAUUGUUAUUCUGUAGAGGUCAAGGUUUAGAACCAAGAAUAGAACUAGAACGUAACCUAGUUCAAUUUGGACCUAUAUUGCCCCACAGUAGUGGUGAUGAACAAGAAGUUACUAUUCGUAAUCCCUGUAGUUUCCCUAUAGAAGUCUACAAUUUAGAGUUUGAUAAUACUUAUCUUGAAGAGGAGAAGGUAUUAAGAUUAAUGAAAGGCUAUGAUGAAUAUAAUACCUUAUUAUUACCACCAAGAGACACAAAUGAAAAAUUACCUACAGAACUUCUACAGUAUUAUGAUGAUCAAAUGAAGCGUUUAGAAGAAGAAGAAAGACAGAGACUAGAAGCUGAAGAAGCUGAGAAUAAAUCAGAACAAGUAACAGAAGAUGGUACAGUAGAUAAUGAUACUGCUCCUGGUGCUUUGGAAUCAGGACCAGCUAUAGUAACUACUGUACCCUCCAGAGAUGGUACACCUAGACAACCUGUACCACAACCACCACCACAAGAUGAGCAUGAAGAAGAAGCCAGUAGUAAUACAAGUGUUGGAGAGUUAGAAAUAACACCAGUAUCAGCUUCUAUAGCUAGACAUCUUGGUAUAGAUUUAACUCCAGAAGGAAAAGCUGCCAGAAACAGGCGUGGUAUUGCUAUAAUUAUACAUGGUGCUCCAAUGGCAGGUAAAACAAGUGCAGCUGUAACUCUAGCUAAACAUUAUGAAACAGCCAUAUUGACAGUUGAUGGAGUUGUAUCAGAUGCUAUAUCUAAUGGUAAUACACAAGCUGGAAGACAAGCAAGGGAACUUUGUGCUGAGGCUGCUCGUAAGAAAGCUGAAGAAAUUCGAGGAAGUGAACUUGAAGAAGCCGAAAGAAAGAAUGCUGGUGCUGCACCUGGUGCUCUCAUUGGUGCUGCACCAUCAGUUAUUUCCGGAAGAAAAACCAGUACUGUAACAGAAUUAAAGGCAAAACAUGCCAGUUUAGCUGGUACUAAAACUACAGCCGGUGCUGUCAAUACAUCAUCUGUUGAUGGAGCUACUGGUAGUCAGGUAAGGGAGAUUGUUAUAUCAACAAUGGCAGUUGUUCCUAGCAGCAGUCCACCACCUCUAGUAGGUCCUAUAGCUCGAAGAUUAAGUGUCAGUGUGAGUACUGGUGGUGAAGAAGGAUUUAUGAGCUGUGUUUUACCAGAAGAUUUGUUAACUGAAAUACUUGCUGAAAGAUUACAGUUGAAUGAUUGUCAUAGGGGUGUAGUAUUUGAUGGUCUAGAUACUCUAUUCUCACAGAAUUAUCAAUCUACUGCUAAUGCUAUACUAAAAGCUUUGAACAAUCGAAGAUUUAUCUUCUUUUUAACACUCAAAUUAGACUAUAAUGUAUUAAAAGAACAAGAACGUAAGGAUUUAGAAGAAAAAGAAUGUCAAGCUAAAAUAGCAGAAGAAAAUGAGAGAAGACGAUUAGAAGAGAUGUCAGAAGAAGAAUAUGAUGCUUUAAGUGAGGAAGAAAAAGCUGUUGUCGAUCAGAAACGUUUGGCGGUUAAAAAAGAAAGAUUGAAAAAAGAAUUAGAAGAGAAAUUGGAACGUGAAAAACGUGAAAGAGAGGCUAGAGAAGAAGAACAAAGACGUCUUGAAGAAGAGGCUAAAAAUAAGAAAGGUAAAAAAGGGAAGCCGGGAGACAGUAAAGAUAAAGAUAAGAAAGGUCAACCAGCUGGUGGCAGAACUGGUGCUGCCCCUAGUGUUGAUAGGGUUGGUCAGAAAUCUCAGCUGGGACCACGACCUCAUGAUAGUGAUCAUAUAGCAGUCAAAACAGCUUCUAAUGCUGACCGUCCAGAAUCUCAUCAAACAGAGAAAAGUGAUACAGUGUUAGAUGAAGCCAAAUUCAAGAAUUUUGAACACAGUCAGAAAGAUUUGAAUGAUUUAUUAGAGAACUGGGAUCGUACCACUUUACAAAUAAGACGACCACCAACACCUUCGGAAAAAUCAGAUGAAGAUGGUGGACAACAUCCUCCUUCUGGUAAAAAAGGAAAAGGCAAAGAUAAACAUGAGAAAGAGAAGGAAAAGGAAAGAGAGAAGGAGAGACAGAAACAAUUAGAAAAAGAGGCAGCAGAAAAAGCAGCAAGAGAGGCAGCAAUAGCAGCUGGUGAAAUAGAUGUUAAAGAAGGUGAAACUGUAGAAACUGAAAUCAAUGAGCCUAAACCAGAUGAUGGUAUUGGUAUACCACAUAUUUUGUUAGAUUGUUCUACUAAAGAUAUCCAACCUGGAGAAAAAGCCCUGGAGCUGGGAAAACUACCAUCUUUAGAUGAGGUAUUAGAUGGAUUAGGACUAGGAAAUCAUGGUCCUCCAAUACCACCACCAGCAUCAUUUAGUGUCAUCCCCUACCCAGUUAAACGUAAACCUCCACCAGUGGCUGAAUUUGGUGGACAAUUUCUUUUUAUAGCUUCUUCACCUGAUGAUCCCAAUGUAGGAGUAGAAGAAAAACCAAAAGACCUUGACCUAGAUGAAGAGAAGUCUGUUACGCCUGAUAAGAUAAAAGAAGAACUGACCACACCCACUAAAUCUAAAGGCAAAACAGACAAGCAGAAAGUUAGUGGCGAAAGUAAAAAGGAAAGAAAAAGUAGUGCCGAUAGGAAGAAAGUGAACAGACGUGGUUCAGUACAAGCUGUUCAGUCUCCACCACCAGGGGCCACAACUCCUGUCUCAGAUGUUGAUGGACAAAGGUGUCCUGAAGAAAAGUGGCAUGAGAAAUGUGUUAUAUUGACAAUAUUUAGAUGGGUUGUGCCAGCCAAUGGUGAAACUGUUUUAAGAUUAAGAUUCCAAUCAGAAGAAUUGGGCCAAUUUGAUCAAACUUUAAAUUUUGAAAUUGUUGGAACAAGAAGAAGAUAUCAGUUAUUCUGUAGAGGUGUCUGUGCUUUCCCAACCAUUAGCAGAGAACCAAGAAUUGUGUUCCCACAAAGAAAGAAGAGUAAGAAAAGCGAUGAGAUUGUGAAUAAAAAGUACAUUUUGAUGACAGAAGUCUUUGAAUUUGGUCCACUUUUAGUGGGUAAAAGCAGAGAUAGAUAUAAGGAAGGGAAAUACCCUGAGAAUAUGUCUACAAUGACUGUACUCAAUACAUCCCCACUAGAAGCUGAUGUUAGUUUCUGCUAUCUAAAUGAUAGUAAAGGAGACACAUUCCUAUUGGAACCACCUAGUAUGGUAUUAAAACCAGGAGAGUCAGCACCACUAACUAUCUGGGCCUAUCCUAAGGUUCCGGGACGUUAUGAUGAUUCUAUUGUGUGUUGUGUAAGAGAGAAUCCUGAACCCAUUAUAUUUAAAGUUAGCUGUGACGGAUUUCGACCGGAAUUAGAACUUGAUAAGAAACAACUUCAUUUUGAUAAAGUACUGCUUCACAGGAAAGACACAAAGACUAUUUAUCUAAGAAACAGUACAAUGUUACCUGUAGCAUGGAAAUUAAGUGGUUUGGAGAAUUUGGGAGAUGAUUUUAGUGUUGCAGCAGACAGUGGUGUAGUCGAACCUAUGUCAGAAUAUCCAUUACAUGCUUAUUUCCGAGCUCUCAAACCUGUACAGACUAGCAAGAAAAUGAUUCGUUUAGAGAUAUCUGACAAAGAGAAUAUUAUGGGAGUAGUAACAACUGAAGCUAUACAAGUUAUAGCAGAAGCUUAUGAUGUAGCUUUAGAUAUGAGUUUCCCAAAAGGAACUGAUGGCGGAAUAGAUUUUGGUGUAAUCAGAGUGUCAGAAGAAACCAAACAAGUUUGCACCCUGAAAAAUAAAGGAAAAUAUGAAAUCCAAUUUCAGUUUGUAUUUGAAAAUGUUGAUCCUAACAAUCCAGAUAUCAGUAACUUGUUUUCUGUGAUACCCAGUAGAGGCCCUUUAAGUUCACUAGAUAGACCUACACAAGUCCAGGUGAUAUUUAAAUCACAGAGAGAAGUGACUAUUAAAGAUGUACCAAUAUUGAAAUGUCAUGUAAUCGAGCCUAAUUUAAGUGAUGAUGGUGAAAUCAUAGCUACUAUUCCUGUCAAGGUUUCUGUGAAAUCUGUAUUCAGCAAAUUCAACAUUCUACCAAUGAAUGAUAUCAAUUUCGGCUCAUUAUUAGUCAAUAGUAAAAAAACAAGAACAUUUUCCAUAGAAAAUAAAGGAGAAUUUGAUUUUAAAUAUACCAUACAGAGAAUGGUUAAAGAUGCCCCUACUCUCAAUUCACAUACAAGACAAAAUAGACCACAUGAAGUGAAACCUGCACUGUGCAAAUCAAAGAGCUAUUCAUUUCCAUUUUAUGUAACCUUUCUUGUUUUUUUCUAUAGACAAGAUGCAACAACUGGACAAUCUCGACUACAACUUGGUAUGUUUACAAUCUUCCCAGCAUUUGGUAUUAUCUUACCUAAUGGACACCAAACUAUAACUGUAGAUUGUAUUGCUGAACAACAAGGACGGUCGGACGAGGAAAUCAGCAUUGAUGUAACGGAUCGUAAUCCUAAAUCAAAUCCUGGUGGUAUACCGUAUAAACUGUUAGCUGAAGCUUGUAUACCAUCUAUCAAUGCUGAAGAUAUUGGAACAAUAUUUGAAGAACAUAGAAUCUGUAAGAACCUUAGUGUAUGGCAGAGUACCAACCAAGCUGAAAGUGGAGGUGUUUAUGGUGAAGAAGAAAAGAAAUUUGUAUUUAAUAAUGUUAUUGUGGGAAGAAAAGCUAAAGCUCGAUUUAAGAUCUCUAACCAUAAUAAGGUACCAUGUGAUGUGGUGUUCAGUCUCAAACCAAUGUCGGGUAAAGGUGCCUUGAAACAAGUUGAAGUAUUUGAAGUAGAACCAUCCAGAACACAAGUACCAAAUCAUAGUCAUAUGUAUGUCACUAUAACCUUCACACCACCGUCCAUGCAGAGUUUUUCAGCAAUAUUUGAUGCUAGUAUAGAAGGGUUAUCUCAGAAUCAAGCUAGAGGUAAAAAUCUAACCUUUGAAGUGUGCGGUGAGGGGAAUCUACCUAGGAUUAGUAUAGCUAAACCUACAGUGAGAAACAAGAGAGGACAACCAUUAUCAUUAUUUAGAAAAACAUUAUUAAGUCGAACUGAAGCUUUGCCCAUUGUUUUACACAAUGAUGGUACUCUUCCCAGUAAGGUGAGUUAUUUUAAAUUAUUAAGAAUUAAAAUUAAGAUGAAACGAGCCCAUACAGCAUCAGUAGUAGUGAACGUGGGUGAAAAAGCUACAUUUGAAUGUGUAUUUAAACCUGGUCAUGCCCAGAGAUAUCAAGGACAUAUAAGAUUAUCAGUAAUAGAUAAUCAAUAUGAAGAUAGUAUUGUACAGUUGGUAGGGGAGGGGUAUGAAGAUGAUGUCACCCUAGAUAAUAUACAAUCUGUCACCUCAGAUAAGAUAGAACCUGAACAAGAAGAAGGCAACAUGGCUGAUGAUGAUGUAGCAGGUAGGUUGGCUGUGAUUGGUCAUGAAAUUAUCUUGGCUCAAAAUCUAAUUUUUUAUCUUAACAGAGCAACUGUCCUACAACUAAAACUUAAAACAGUGAUGUUCUCAAUGACCAACCACAAUACAUCUGAUUGUAUAAGAUUCCAAUGGCCGACACAUCCAGAAUUGAAAUUUGUUCCACAAAUUGGACAUUUACAUGGUGGUUGUAAGAAAGAUAUAGCUGUUACAUUUAAGGCUUCAGAACCUAAAACAUUCACUGAAGAAGUUGUUAAUUGUAAAGUCUCUAAAAUAUCUUUUGAUAAACCAAUGGAACAGGUUGCUGAUUGGGAUGACAGAAUAAGAACAGUUAAAUGGGUUGAUAAUACAACUGCAUUAGAAAGACCAGGUAAAAUGAAAGUAGUGGAGGUAGAAAAUGAACCAGUCUUUAAUGAAGUACCAGACACAUCAAGAAAUCUGGAAUUAUUGGUGUCAGCUGUAGCAGACUAUUGUCAGUUUAAAUGUAAAGCAGAGGCUAUUAAUUUUAAAGAUACUCUGAUGUUCCAGACAAGACUAUAUCAAGUUUCAAUGAGUAACAAAGGAAAUGUUCACCUUGACUUUAGUUGGCAAGUAAUAAUGGACAGCUUUAUACCAUCUCUACCUCGAGCUGUCACCUUUAUGUCUGAAGGUGAACGACCUGAAUCUCGAGUUGAUGUUGUAGAUACAUCAUAUAUACCAUUCAGUAUUGAACCCCAGUAUGGUUCUAUAGCACCAAAGAAAAAGAAAUCAUUCACCGUUAAAUUUUCACCACUGGAUGUCAGUGACUAUAAAGGACGGUUGGUUUGUAGUAUACCUAAUCUUAAAGAUGAAGAAGGUCCAAUUAUUAGCCUUAGUGGUCAAAGUUUAAUGCCAUAUUGUCAUUUUGAACUGAUGGAUUCUGACUACAUCAGUGGAGCUAGACGUAAUCCAGAGCUACGAGGACCUGGUGGUGCACCUCCUGGAACAACUUUAGAUCCUAAUACCAGAGUCAUAGAGUUCCAAUGUGUUGGUGUUGGGGUAAUGGCAGCAAGAACCACAAAAAAAUUAGUUAAGAUUAAACAGACUUUAUUUUUACCAUUACAAAUUUUAUUGCAGGGAAUUUGGAGUAGUGAAUCCGACAAGCCAGACAUAUCAGCGGCUUUUGAAUUUGUAUCAAACCAGCUUGGUAUUGUGGAAUCAUUCUGGAGAUUUGUGAUUCCUGAUCAGAAUAUCUCUGUACCAUUUUUAUUGGUGGGAAAUGCUCGAGAACCAGAUGUCAGUCUAGAUAGAUCACAUUUAAACUUUAAAGCAUUGUUAAUUGGUCGUGAAGCCAUUGAAAAAGUCAACCUAUAUAACAACGAAAACGUAGAGUUUGAUUUUAAGUUUAGUGAAGAAUCUUGUUACAGUGAAGGAUAUUCAGCUAAACUUGGUGUUCAACCAAACAUUGGAACAAUUCCACCUAAAUCAAGUAUUCCUAUAGAUCUAAUAUUCUCACCUAAUUCGGAUAAAGAAGUGAACUUCAACCUAGCCUGUAAAAUAAGUCGUAAAAUUCUUCCGGUUACUUUAAAUGUGAAAGCAGAAGGCUAUUCCAUGAUGUCUUCUCUGUUUUGUGAAGAUUCUCUGGGUAAUAAUAUAGAAUUAGCAGAAAAAGGCAUCAACCAGAUUAAUUUUGGAGAGGUUGAAGUUAACGAAGAAGCUAUUCGUAAUUUGUUUAUCAUUAAUACUGGAAAGUUUAAUUUUGAUUUCAAAUGGGAAAUAUUAGAUAAAUCUGAUCACCGGGAUUUGGUUAAAAUAUCCCCAAUGAAAGGUGGCGUUAUGUUUGGUGAAAAACAGAAAUGUGCCAUAUCAUUCUGUCCCCUAUCCAGAAUGUCUUUAAGAGGCUACCAAAUGGAAUUAAAGAUCUCAAAUGGACCAUGUUAUACACUAGAAGUAAUAGGACAGGGAGUGACACCUGGAUUACAUUUCUCCUAUUUAUCCUAUAAUUUUGGAAACUGUUUUAUACAUCGUGCUGGUCUACCAGAGCAUUCUACAGUUCUCACUUUAACAAAUAAAGAUAAGAAGGAAAUCAGUGUUGAUUGUCUGUAUGAACCAACUAACCACUUAAAUCACACUUUUGAUGCUGGAGUUAUUGGCCCUGGAAAGUCGUUGGAUAUUACCUUUAAGUUCUAUCCUCGUAAAGCUAUUAAAUAUACUGAGAGCGUUACAUUUGAAAUCAAUGGUUUAUCUAAACAGACUGUCGAAUUCACUGGUGUGGGCUCUGAGAUGAAGAUUGAAGUAGCUGAUCCAAAGAUGAAGAUAGUUAACCUCGGAUCUAAAUUAGUGGGUGAAGUCGUGAAGAAAUAUAUACCUAUUGUAAACAAUAGUCCGGCUCCUAUAACCUUUAAUUUAGCUCUCACCCCCACGUCUCCAGGGUUACAACAAAGUGAUAUAUUGUCUAUUGCACCUACAUCUGCUAUCACACUCCCACCUAGAGGGGGAACAUGUAAGGUAGAGGUAGCAUUUAGACCCAAGAAAAGAAUAGCUCCAUUUACAGAAGAGGUGAUGUUAGAAUGUGCUGGAUUAUUCCAACCAUUAUUUGUGGUACGAGGUUCCUGUCUAGGUAUGGAAGUCAGUCUAGAUACAGAAGCUAUACCAUUUGGUGCUGUCAUACAGAAGAGUCAAAGCACCAGGAAACUGGUAAUGAGUAAUACUGGAGAUAUGAAUACAAAAUUCCGCUGGGAUGAGAGUAAAUUUAAACCUGAUUUUUCAAUUAGACCUGUAGAAGGUUAUAUAACACCUGGUAUGGAAGUUACAUUUGAUGUCACAUUCCAUCCCCAAACUUUGAAUCAAGACAUCAGAUAUGAGAAGUUAAAGUGUAGCUUAGAUGGAUCAAACAAACCAAUAUAUUUAACAUUAACUGGUAUGUGCACAGGAAUACCACCAGUGAAAGAAACUCAACAUUUUGCCACCCAUGUUCGACAGAAAGAGACUAAACAUAUCUCAAUACCAAAUCGAACCAAUCAACAAUGGCAUCUAAAACCUGUAAUAGAUGGUGAAUAUUGGUCGGGGCCAGUUACAGUAAUUGUUGAACCACAACAAAAUAAAAGUUAUGAAUUGACCUACAAACCAUUGACCAUGACCCCAGAGGGCAAGAAACAUACUGGUUCUAUAUUUUUCCCGCUACCUGAUGGUACAGGGUUAAUGUAUAAUUUAACUGGAAUAGCUGAACCGCCUAAAGCUAGUGGUAAAAUAACACGAGAUGUGCCUUGUAAAACAUCAUAUACUGAAAUAUUACAAGUUCAUAACUGGCUGAAAAAACCACAGAGAUUCCGAGUAAGAGUGGAAUGUCUAAAAGUGGAUAAAUUAGAUGCCGGUACCACAGUUAAAGGUAUAGAAUAUAUUGAUGUACCAGCAAGCAGUAAAAAAGAUUAUAAACAAACUUUUUAUGCAUAUAAAGAAGGUGUUAGUGCUGUAAAGGUGAUCUUUACGAAUGAACAAACAGGAGAAUAUCAAUUUUAUGAAGUAACAUAUAGAGCUACACGACCUGGUGUUACUGGUACCAUAGAAUUAACUAGUCCAGUUCGCCAAUCUGUACACCAUGCUAUAACACUAGAGAACCCCUUAUCUUACCCUGUUAACUUCUCUCUAACUUGUAAUGUACCAGAAGUUCUUAUGCCUUCUCAACUUAACAUACAAGCUAAUUCAGAGGGUCGACUUAAUUUAGAGUACCAGCCACUACGUGUUGGUGAAGUACCUGGUCGAAUUGAGUUUUCAUGUAAUGAUCUAGGUCUCUAUAUGUAUGAUCUAAUCCUCAAGGCUACUCCAUCUGGCCCAGAAAAAGCUCUUUACUUCCGUACUUGCCUGGGACAGAGCCAAGUUCAAACAGCCAAAUUUCUCAACUUUGCUAAACAGAAAACUGACUACUCCUGCAAGAUUGAUAAUUCAGAUUUCCAUGUUGAUAAAACAGUGGCAGCAGCACCUGGAUCAACAGGUGGUACAGAGGUAGCAUUUGAUGUGUCAUUUGAACCAUCUAAACUUGGUGAACAGAAAGCGGUAUUAACAGUUUCCUCUCAAACUGGUGGUGAAUAUAUCUUCCCAUUAAAUGGUAGCUGUAUACCACCAAAACCACAAGGUCCUUGUAUCAUCAAAGCAGGCUCCAAUACACCUAUAACCUUCCGUAAUGUUUUUAAUGCUACAACACCAUUUACAUUCCAAGUUGAUAAUCCAUUGUUUCAUGUUUCCAAACAGGGUGAAUCAGUCCGAGCUCGUAAAGAUCAUAGAAUUGUUGUAGGUUUUGAUGGAAAUGAUAGUAAUUCUAAAGCAGCUGUCAUGGGAAAAUUAAUUGUAUCAUGUGCUAGUUCUGCUGGAGGAAAAACUAAUGCUCAAUGGGUUUAUUAUUUGAAGGGUGUAACAUUGUAA